CCAAAUUAUUUUUUGUCAUUUGUUUUGCUUCGAAAAUUUACGAAAAAUGUUUACGAAAUUACUUCUCUCAACUUUAAUGUCCUACUAGUGAGGCAAGGGAAACUUACGAAGCAUGGAUCGGCUCACAUUUCAAAUAAGUGAGCUAGUCGAUUAUUUACAGCACACCAUUUCACCUUACAUUGAGAGCAGUACAAGAUUGGCGAGAAAUGCCUUAAGCUAUGUUACAAACCAUAGCAAUUCAGCCUUUUCCAAUCUAUUGGGACCCAGAGAUGGAGGAAUUCCUUUUCAUACCUGGAUAAGUUGGCAGUGGAGUUGGUUUUCAGGGAAUUGCCGCUCAUGCAUCAAUAGUUUUCAGCAAUCUCUUUCGGUCCACUACAGUGAAUUGGGCCAUUCCUUUGAAAAUGUGGUUAUUAUUGUUCAACAGAAAUGCUCCCAGAUGCAAACUGUGCUUAGUUAUCAAAUUUUUCAAAAACUUCUGUCUGCAGUUGAUCAAAGCCACAUCUAUUUUCUUAUUUCUGGAGUUGCCAUUGGAUUCAUCAUUGGGAUACAAAUCAAACAAAAUGUCAAACCUCUAACAUACAUGAGGGCUUUAGUGUGCAACUCAUAUGCUGGUGCACCAGAGUCUAUUGCAAUGGUUGAUGACAUGGUAGCUCCCAGCAGCUGUGGGACAGAAGAUGUGCUAAUCCAAGUUAAAGCUGCUUCCAUAGACCCUAUGGACAUCAAAAUUACCUUUGGAUAUGGCAGAGUGAUUAGAAAUCAGUAUCAUCAUUAUCAUAAAACACAUGGAAAGAUCUUGCUCUUUCCGUUUGUUCUAGGGAGAGAAUGCUCCGGAAGAAUUAUUGAAAUAGGAACAAAAGUGCAGCAUUUGGAUGUUGGGGACGAAGUUUACGCCGCAGUACCUUAUUACGCCUGCGGAACAGCUUCCGAAUGCGUUCUUAUACCUGCUCAAUGGGUGGCCAAAAAACCAAGAAAGUUGUCUUAUGAAGCAGCCGCCUCUUUGCCGUAUUCAGCAUCAGUGGUUUGGAAUGCGCUCGUCCAUCAGGCUUCUUUCAAUGAACUCACUACUCCGGGAAAACGGGUACUGAUUCACAGCGUUGACAAUCCAGUAGGGUGUAUCGCCGCACAGCUGGUAAAAGCCUGGGGCGGUCAUGUAACUGCCACUGUGAGCUCACGAGGAAUGAUUACGGCCCAACAACUGGGUAUAGAUGAUUUGAUUCUUCAUGAUGGCCAGCAUGUAGAUUUCGACACACUGCUGUUGUCUUGCUCAAAGUUUGAUCUUGUGCUCAAUACCGUUGGCUCGAUUUUGCACGAUUCGUGCCGUUCGCUCUGCCGUGAUGGAGGGCUUGUAGUAUCAACAGUCGCCUCUCCGCCUGCAUCUGACAAGUAUGGUUUGAUUUACGGAUCCUUGUACUCCGUGUGGCUCCGAAUACGACUUAAAUUUCUCAAGGAUUCUAUCUGUGGCUCUACAGUAAUAUCCAAGUCUAUUUUGGAAGAAAUCUCAAAUCUAGUCAACAAGGGCCAACUGCAACCAGUCAUCGAGCGUGUGUUCGAAAUUGACCAGGCUGAACAAGCUGGCCAAUAUGCUGCCAAGGGUGACCAUAUUGGAAAAAUCAUAAUACGAUUCAGAAAUCGGCCCUUAAACCGCAUGGAAGGACUUGCAUAGGAGCAGCACAGGAACAAAUUGUGCCAAACUUUAACAUGUAGUAAUUUAACAACUGGUGGUGAAUACAAGAAAAAUUUUGACUCUUA